GGAGCGCAGCAAGUGACGGCAAAACCCCCACACCAGUUCUCUCCAAAGUCCAAAACCCUCUUGCCACGAAACCCUAGGAGGCUAGGAGAGCCGCGGCGGCGGCCAUGGCGACCGGCGACGAUAAGCCCCUGUCCCUCGACGCCGACAUCGACAUGGCCGACCUCGCGGCGCUCGACGCACCCACCUCGUCCAACGCGGCCGGCGGCGGCGGCGGAGCCCCCUCCACCCGCUUCCGCCCCAAGGCCAAGGGCAAGCCGAAGACGAAGCUCGAGCCCAAGGUGGAGGAGCCCAAGCCCAAGCCCAAGUUGGAGGAUCCCAAACUCGAGGCUGCCGCGCCAAUGGAGAACUCCAUGGAGGUGGAUGAGUUGGGCCCGAGAACCAGGGCGAGUGCUAGCGCGGAAGGCGUUGGGGCGAGCGCGAGCGCUAGCGCGGAGGAGGUGGAGGAUGGGGAUGACUUCGUGGUCCGGGAGAUUGACGUCUACUUCACGCCCAAGCCCUUCGACGACGAGGACUCCAUGCUUUACCUUAUGCAAUAUCCACUGAGGUCAUCUUGGCGCCCAUACGAGCUAAAUGAAAUAUGUAAGGAGGUCCGUGUUAAGCCAUUGAGUUCAAAAGUUGAAGUAGACUUGGAUAUCAAUACAGAGUGUGAAAACUAUGACCCAGAGUUUCCUGUGCCUUUGAGACGAACAGAACAGACACUAUCAUCAUCCAAAGCAGCUGAUGUGGCUGAUUAUGCAGUUGGAGUUCUUAGAGGCAACUUGGUUCAUUUGAAUCAUAUUGAUGUAGUGGUGCAACUGCGACCAUCAAUGUUACAUGUAAAUUCUGGUCGAUCGAAUUCCCGGGAGGCUUUACAUGGAGGAGCAAAUAGUGAUGCUAGCGGCUCAACUAUGCCAUCAGUUAAGCGAAAUGAGCGCUUAGAAGAUUCCAAAGACUGCACUGAAGAAUCUGAGCCAUGGAUUUCUCUCACUUACCAACCGGCUGGGAGUAAUAUUGCAAGCAAGUACCAUGCGGAGAUGGUAUCAAAUGAGGGUGGGCCUAUAGAUUUCACAAUGAACACAUCUGAUUAUUUAAUGUCCUUGUGCCCUGGAGGGUCGACAGGCAGCAAGGGUGUCAACAGAAGUCAUGCAAUAAGGGAAAUGCUUAAACUGCCAUUGGAAGAGCGCUUGAAGAAAUGGUUUACUGAGGUAUCACAAGUAAAUCAAUUUGAUGCUCUGAUGCAUCUUGCCCAAACCUAUUCAGAGGAUGAUCUUCUCAAAGUGCUUCCGGUGUAUGCGGAUUUGGUGCAUGGUUUGUGGGUCUGCAAAAGUUCUUUACUGUUUGAUGAUGGAUAUGCUUGCAAAAGAGAUAGAAUUCUUCUUGAAUUUACGAAAAAGGAUUCCAUCCCUUUGAAGGACGUAGACAGAUUGAUUAGGGUUGAUGAUGAGAGAAGGAAAAUACUUCUGCCUCCAUUGUGUAAAAGAAGGGAAAAACUUCAAGACUACAAAUUUAUAUUACCAGUGGAUUCUUCCUUUAUAAAACGCUACCCCCAUAUAGUCAAGGAGCAAGAUCAUGCUUGGUCUGUACGUGAGAUAACUAUGCGUGACUCUCAAGAGACAUCCAGCCAUACUGAGGCAAGGAAAACCAAGAACUCAGCUAAGUCUAACAUUCCUUCAAAGGGGCCUGAUCCAAAUACAAGCAAGGCCAAGGAUGGUCCUGUACAGGGAGUAGAAAACCUUGUGCAGUCUGUUUUGGAAACUAUUUUCACUGCCAAUAAAGUUCGCAGUAUUCAGGCAAUUCGUAGAGACUUGAGGCAGUUGGCAGCUAAAUAUGCUUCUGAUAGAAAGGAUGGACAAAAAUUGCAAGCUCUGUCAAAUGCUGCAACAUCUUGUGCUGCGCUUCCUCUUGUAGAACUCCAAAAGUCAGUAGAGCAAGUUGCUGUCCAUGUUCAUGGUGUAUAUGUUGCAAAGACUCCAACCAAGAAAUCUUUACGACAUUUAAUUCUUAAGCUCUUCCAUGAUAAAGAUCCCAAUGCAAAAUUAACCAAGCAGGAAAUCCUGGAUAGUGCAGUUAUUCUAAAGAGAGACAUUGAAAAAGAGUACCAUCAGGUUAUAUCUGAGAUCUGCAUCCAGACUGAAGAUGGACACUUGGUGCUUAAAAAUGGUGAUGAACCCUGAACCUUGUAAAUGCUCAAAGAGUUUCCUAUUCCUUGAAAUUACAGUUUUUGAAGUUCUUCAGAGUCACGGAAAUCAGUACAUAAGCAUCUGAGAUUAGGUUUAGUUGCAAGUUCACAACAUCUAGCCUUAGGCCAGACUCCAAGCAUGGUUAGCUUUGAUUGCACGUUUCCAGAUUUUCGUUCCCUGGGAACAGUAUUUCGUUCAGAAGGCUUGUUGUGAAGUUUGCAUGUGACAUGCAAUUACAGAAGGAAUGACAGUUUCCAUUAUUAGAAUGAUAUUUUGUUAGUGUUAAUAGGAAUGCGUGUAUCCUAGUUCCUUCUAUACUCAUAACACCAUGGGACAAUUGGCAGAUCCGCCUCUUGAUGAUUUAACAAUAUAUUUUUCAUACCCGUCAAUCGUUUAUCUAUGAAAUGAUAUUUUGU